AGAUUAUUGUAACAUCAAUGAAAGGCUUGAUAUUUUACAGUAACCAUUACUUUCUUGUAGUCCCAAGCGUGCUCAUGAUGCAGUAGAAGCAUACAGUGACGAUGAAAAUAGUGAUGCAGGUAGCAUGUCAAGUGGCGAAUAUCGCUCCCGCCGCCCAAAAAAACAAAAGGGGAACAAAAAGAAAGGCGUGAAGCCCGUCACAAGAACCAUAGCACUUACUGACUCUGAUGCAAAGUGGAAGAUCAAGGGAGACAAUUGGUCCGAGAAAUUGUUGAAAAUCCGUGCUGAAUCAGCAAAAAAGGUUAAGAAAGGCAUGAACUUGCCUGAUUUUCGUGAGCUGUCGUUAAGCCAUGUUUUCCUUUUCACGAAAAUCAUGAACCAAUCAGUCACACGUCGUUUCGGUUCUGAAAGUCAUGAAUCGGUGUGGGGUAGCUUACCCUUGAUCAACAAAUUGACGUUGUCUGCAAAAGCAGCAUCAUGGACAAAGAAGAUGUUGAACAUGGCUACCACCGGCACUCCCAGACUUAGUUUGCGAGAUACCAAGAAGGCUACUUCUAAAUGGAUGAUCGAAGCGUGCGACGACGAUGACGACGAAUUACUUGUUUUUGCCGAUAUUUUACAUCGAUCUGUUCCUCGUUUAUUGUCUGCCACCCACUCAAAGACAGUAGAAGACACGUUUGUACAUAACGCUGUGUCCGAUCUGUUGAAUGUGGUAUUCGGAGAAGACCAAAAGUUGCUGCAUGAAUGGGCAAACAAAAAGCUGCCCGACAAUGAAGUAAAUAUAAUGAUGAAGCCCGAUUUCAUGGCAGCAACCAAGCCAGCAAAAAGAACAGUAUACCUGUUCAGCGUCGAGAUCAAACCGCCCACAAAAACCUCCGACGAUGACGUCUGUGAAGAUCGGAUCAAAUUAGGCAUUCAAAUGAAGACGAUGCCCAUCUAUAGAAUGAUCGAAGUAAAUUCCUUUACAUUGCCAAAAACGUUCGAAGAGAUUGGUGUGCUAGAGCACGCAGUCGAAUGCUUGCUCUCUUGCAAGGCGCUAGUUGAACGAAAUGCCAACGAAGUGGAAAAGCAUUACACUUUCGAAUAAAUUCGCGUGUCUUUUUUUUACAUCUGUCCUAGCAUUCUUGCUUGAGUACAUUACAUUUCUUUGUGAGCUUAUAGG